CGAAAGUACGAACUGACGCCGAGCACUUCGGAGCCGCGGGGUCCUCUCGCUCGGCAUGGAGGAGGAGGAGGAAGCGAUGCCGGGGCGGGCAACAGCAGGAGGAAGCGGGAGGGACGGAUGCUGAGGGAGGCUGACCGCCGCGGCUGCCGCCGCUGAGGAGGAGUGUUGGAAGGGGCGGGUGGAAAACAGCACCUGCGUGAUUGUAGCUGUGGCAGUCCACCUCUUGUGCAGAGCUGCUGGCUCUCUGGAGCUUGCGAGGGCGUGAAUGUUGCUUCUGUAUUUUUUUAGGGGGGGCUCGUGGCGUGGGUAUCGCGGUGAUGCAGGGGCCUGUUGGGCAUCAAUAAAUCAGCGUUUUGUUCAACUUUGGGGAACGAGGGAGACACGCAUGUGGAGAAAUCGUUCUCCAAAUCCACACCGCAUGCUAGUGUGUAGUUGUCACAACUGUGUGGGUGUUAAAACAGUAAUAUCUUGAGGGGUGAGACAGAAAUAGUUAAAGGCUUCACAUGAUUGGCCAAUCCAGAGCUCACGUGACGGUGUUGGCAGCACCAGCAGCAUCAGAUCGCUUUCUGAGAUCUCACAUGUUAGUUAUGGCGAUGUGUUGUAGGCCCAGAAGUUGCUGUAGCCUGCAUUUCAAGGCAUAAUUACACAGUGUGAAUUUAUCCUGCAGAGCUGCAUCCUGCAGACUCUCUGACUCCUCUAAUACUCCAAGUGUAUUUCCUGUAUGAGCAGUGUAGCCUAAGUGAUGUCCCCUGGCUGUAAUUAACUUGACAUUAGGAGUGUGAUGUAUAAUUGGAUGUACAUGCACACCACUCGGUGUGCAAGAUGAAGCCCAGCUAGUGGAGUACUUGGGAGAAAGUGCAGGACUGAACUGCUGUGUGCUACCUGCUAUCGGUGUUUUUCCAUCACAUAACUGUGGGUUGUUUGGUUCUUUGCUACCCAACCAGAACCUGCAGGUGCAACACAUCAACAUCCCGCCGCAUCAGUCAUUUAGAGUAAAGCAGACUGGGCUGUACCCGGCCCUCUUCAGCCUAUUUUGAACAGGCUUUCGACUCGAAUCCAAGUUAGACGAGGCAGAUAUGUUUGAAUCUGUGUUUCGCCGGGUGGAUUAUUUUUGUGUUCGCCUGUUAGAUAAGAACUAAAUAGGACAUCGGCUCAGAGUUUGAUCUAUUCUUAGAGCAGAAUCAGCGAGCCUCAGAGAUGACUGAAUAUCCCUGAAGUCCCUGCAUGCUCUAUUUAGACCAUGACUGACAAUAUUUGAUGUGCGCCGUUAGACAAGACAGCUCAAAUGGAAAAUGCCAGGAAUUUCAGCCCCUUAUUUAUCACCACACAACGAAGUCAAGCUGCCACCAGACAAGAUGAGGAGCAGCAAUCAGCCUGCAGAUGGAAACAAGGGUGGGUGGUUGGAAGGCUGGAUAAAGGCUGCUGGAUGACUGAACUCAGAGACCCGGCGCAGCUCAUCAUCAUUGCCAUGGGCUCUUGUCUUCUUCCUCUCCUCCUGUGGCUUGUACCUCCAUCCAGGGGUCCAGCAGAGCCAGUGAAGCCCAGGCGGGGAGCUAGUGAGUGGGCCGGGAAGGAUGGAGAAGGUCCCCAAAGGCUCAGAUCACCUCUGGAGCUACCGGCAUGCAGGAGAAAUCAAUAUGAAACAGAAAACCUUCACAGCUCUGAGUGGGGUUUCCUGUGUUUUAAGUGUGUGGCCUACGGGCCUGCAGACCUCCAAAAGACAGGUCCUGUGUGGUUCUCUCAGCUGCAGCCCUGGCUCCUUGGACUGGACCUCAGUCCCAAUCUCCACUGACUGUGUGUGUGGUUCUGCUGAAGGGGAUUUCUCCCCAAAUAAUACCCAAUGCCCAGAACAUUGAAAGACUGCCAAGAGGGAUGCUCCUUUCUCUUGCCUUUUUUUUCCAUCAUAAGAUUGACAUAUCCCCCCAACCUCCUGCCUCGGGCUGAUAAAAAAAA